AUGGCAUUGAAGACUAAGAACUCUGGAGUUCUCUUGACGGUUAUGGCUAUUGUGGGUAUGUUAGUAUUGGCAGAGUGCAGAAGCUUGGGUGAAACUAUAUACGACAAGGAUAAUUUGGGUGGAGGUGGAGGACUUGGUGGAGGCGGUGGUUUUGGAAAAGGUGGUGGUGUUGGAAUUGGCGGCGGUGCCGGUGGUGGUGGAGGAGCUGGUGGCGGUAUAGGAGGUGGUGCUGGUGGUGGCCUUGGUGGAGGCGCUGAUGGUGGCCUCGGUGGAGGUAGUGGUGGCGGUUUAGGUGGAGGAGCUGGUGGUGGUGUAGGUGGUGGAGUAGGCGGAGGUGGUGGUGCCGGUGCUGGCGGUGGCCUUGGAGGAGGUAGUGGAGGUGGUGUUGGUGGAGGGGCUGGUGGUGGUGUUGGUGUUGGUGGAGGCGCUGGUGGAGGCCUUGGUGGAGGCGCUGGUGGUGGACUUGGUGGAGGAAGUGGCGGCGGUUUAGGUGGAGGAGUUGGUGGUGGUACGGGUGGAGGCCUUGGAGGAGGAGCAGGCGGAGGUGGUGGUGCAGGAGGAGGAGUUGGUGGGGGUGCUGGUGGCGGUGUAGGAGGCGGUGCUGGUGGUGGUGCAGGAGGUGGUUUUGGAGGCGGUGCUGGCGGUGGAGGCGGAUUCUAA